UUUCUGCCUCUUCAGUUAGGAAAUUUGCUCCAAGACCCCAUUGCUCCCACCAACUCCACGUGUCAACAUUAUGUCUGCAAAACUUGUAAAGGCAAGAAGAUGAUGAUGAAACCAUCCUGUAGUUGGUGCAAAGACUAUGAACAGUUUGAGGAAAAUAAGCAGCUAAGCAUUCUAGUAAACUGCUAUAAAAAACUGUGCGAGUACAUAACACAAACUCCCUUGGCACGAGACAUAAUACAAGCAGUGGACUGUUCUGAUCUUUUGGCUUUGCUCAAAGAUGGAUCACCACUCCACGAAGACACAGAAAAGACUUCUGAUGCUUUGGGUGUGACACAUUCCCCCGUUCCUACAACCUCAGAACAUACAAAUGACCCUCAAGCUGGUUUUUCUUCAAUAUCUGAAAGCACACACAAUAUUGAUAUUAGGAGUUCUGUUAUCAAUGGGUUGCCCAAUUGUAAUGGGCUUUCGGUUGAUAAACUUGGAGUUAAUAUUCCUUCUCCUGAACAUGCAAAUACGAUUGAUGUAUGCAGUGCUGGAGAGUAUAUAAAAACUGAAGAUCUCUCAAGCAGCCUGCAGCCUGUGUGUGAUACAGUGCCGACCAGUGACUUGUGUACAACAGGCAUUGACAUCUGCAGUUUCACGGAAGAUAUAAAACCUGGUGGCUCUCUCUUGCUGAGUGUUGAGGAAGUGCUCCGGAGCUUAGAAACUGUUUCGAACACUGAAGUCUGUGCUUCUAAUUUGCAGCCCAGCUUGGAAGCCAGUCCUUUUCUGCAGCUUUCCCCCCCAUCUCUUAGCCAUAGUGUUUUCAUGUCAACAGGUGCUUCACCUCAUGGGAUCUCGUGCACAGCAGCAACACCUAAGGUAGUUAAGUUAAACAGGAAGCGAUCCCGAUCAGAAAGUGACAGUGAAAAGGUUCAACCCCUCCCAAUUUCCAGCAUCCUCUGUGGCCCAACCUUGGGAGCAUCAGCUCCUGUAACAGUGAAACAGGAAAAUAAAAUGUCUUUGCAGCCUGUAGCAACUGUUCCCAAUGGAGGCACAACUCCCAAAAUCAGUAAAACUGUACUCCUGUCCAACAAGAGCCUGAAAAAGAACCUUGAACACCCCGCAAAAAAAUCCCACCCGAAAGCCAAACCAGGAAUGCUGAAAACAAAAGACAAAGCAAAGGAAAAGGUUCCUAGCAGUAAUGUUAUGCCAGGAAGUCCGACAAAAACUGUGUACAAGAAGCCACAAGAAAAGAAGGGGUGUAAAUGUGGUCGUGCCACCCAAAAUCCAAGUGUUCUUACAUGCCGUGGCCAACGCUGCCCUUGUUACUCGAACCGUAAAGCCUGCUUAGACUGCAUAUGCCGUGGCUGCCAAAACUCAUACAUGGCUAAUGGGGAAAAGAAGCUGGAGGCAUUUGCAGUGCCAGAAAAGGCCUUGGAGCAGACUAGGCUUACUUUGGGCAUUAAUGUGACAAGCAUUGCUGUGCGGAACGCCAGCACAAGCACCAGUGUAAUUAAUGUGACAGGGUCACCAGUAACUACAUAUUUAGCUGCCAGUACACACGAUGAUAAAAGUUUGGAUGAAGCUAUAGACAUGAGAUAUGACUGUUAAAUCAUUUUCUGUCUUUUCCCUGCCCUUAGUAGGGGAACUGCUACAGUUUUAAGGCAGCUAUGGUUCUGUUUAACUUGCUGGAGCUCCUGCAAUUAGAUCACUUGUAUCAAGUGUUUUUCAUUGCUAUGUUAUGUGUGUUAGUGUCUGGGAAAUAGUUUGCAGAUAACGGAGGAGUUACCCUAAAACUGUCCUUAGUUCUUACAGCACCUCAUAGUUUGAGAUCAACUGCUGAUGUAAAUGAUUUUAAUACAAAAUGAUUUUUGGUGAGGAAAACAUUAACCUCAUUGUACCAGUUCAUGCUUUGUGCACAAUCAAAGCUUCCAACUAAAUGGAAAGAAGUGUGGAGCCUAGGCAGUCUGUCAAAGUUGGGCUAGUUUAUAAUGUACAGAAGUAAUUCUUGAGUACUUAGGGAGUCAGUGUUGCUAGAAAAGCACAUCCUGUUUCUGUAGAAAACAGUGUUAAGCUGAGGAAUGAAUGCAGUCAUUGAAUGACAACAUCUCACUUCUGAUCAUGAGAAUUGGUUAUCUAGAUCAUAGUCAUCUAAAAAUCAGUAAAGCUAAUUUCUGAGCAGCAGGUUGGAAAUUCUGUCAACUGGGUUCCAAACAUUACUCUAGUGUCACUCAAAAUUCUCCAAUACGUAAGCCUCGGUGUAGUAGCUUUAUUCACUUUUUCUCCGAAGAACUUUCUAGGUUAUGUCACAGGUAUAUUUUAACUUUUUGUUCCUAACUCCUUUUACCUGUUACUGUUCAUUUUGGGGAAAUAACAUGUAUGAAGAAGGUUCAGAUCUUACAAGCACACACCCAUGUAGUUCCCACUGCUUUCAUUGGCACCUGCUUGCCAUACCUUGAGAGGAGAAUAUAGCAAAAAAGGUGCAUCUGCUCUGGGUUAGUUUUUUUUGUUCCAAUAAUUAAUGCCCAUAAUACAUCCAGGUUUAUACAGCAUUUACCACCAUUGGUUCCUUUCUUCCUUGGCUCAGUUAUAAAGGAGGUUAACGGUGUUUAAUUGUGAUGCAUUUGGGAUCUCUCCACACCAGGAAAAUGUCCCGUUGCCCCUCAGUCCAGACAGAAGUUGGAUACAGGGUAAAAUUAAUUUCAUUAGCCGUUAGAAAAAGCAUGCUGGUUCCACUCUGGAUACUGGGGCUUUGGGACAGUUUCAACACCAGGUAAGUAUUCUGUUCACAACAGAACAUUGCAAGAGUGGGUGUGGCUAAACGCCUCUAUAAAUGUAACCUUUUUGUGCAAAAAUUAUUUAUUUCCAAGUUAAUACCUGAAAAUAGGGGUAGAUUAAGAAGAUUGCUGCUCUCCAUGUAGAGCACCUGACAGCAUCUUGACUGGCUUUUUUUGUUUGCAUUUUUAACUAUUCUUUGUCAAACUUCUUCAGGGAGGGAAGCAGAGAGGGGUGUCUAAUCUCUAAAGUGAUGCGAUAAAACAUUGGCUGACUCAAAUACAAAAGGACUUCCUAUUUUAACAGCAUGUCUAAAGAAAAAUUAGCAGUAGAAUUUUUCAAAAUCCUUGAUGGCUGCCAUCUUUUUUAAUUCAUUACAUGCCAUUUCCUGUGCAUUAUGACAUAAUGUUAGGUAUAUUUUUGAUUUGGCACACAGCACCUACAAUGACGGUUAUUCACCUGUCUAAGCAAGAAGCAAAAAUCCUUUGGACAAUAAUUAAAUGACACCUCCCUUUGUUUCAUAGUGUACCAUGGUGUCAUUUUUUGUGAAUGUGGUCAGAUUUUUUUUUAUUUUUUAUUUUUUGUUGGUUUUUGGUUUGGUUUUUUUCCCCUGUCAUUUUUGUAGGGUGGGGCAGGGUGGGGGUGGGGGGUUAAAGCCAUAGGAAGAAAAAUGUGAUGUAUGUGUCCAGUCUGUACUUUUUUGUUUUUUGUUUUGCAAGAAGAGUUGAAAAAUAUUUUUGAUAAUGAGUAAAUGGUGGAAAAUGCUUCAUAGUAUUCUUGUCUUUAUUUGCCAACCCAAGGACCUGAAUUCUGUGUUCUUAUCCUCCUUAAAGUUUCAUGAUGUCCUAUUAAAAACGUAUUUAGUUAAA